GCGUUUCAACCGCAUCGCGCGCGAAUGUUCAACUGAACAACGCUCGCGCGCUCGCCACUACCGAUUUAAUACUUUGGAUACACGUUCCGUGAAACGGCGACGACACACCACGGAAAAGUAUUAGCAACAACCGCACGGCAAGAAUAGAAACAGAAGAAAACAGCGCGUUUCACACACAAGCACAUGGAAUGCCGAUACACAUUUCAACGACAACGACGACGACAACAACAACAACAACAGCAACGGCAGAACGGCGGCAGCAGCAGUAGCAGCAAGUCCAUUGAAAUAUAGCAAGAGAGAGAGAGAGAGAGAGAGAGAGAGAGAGAGAGAGAAAAAAAGAGAAGAACGAAGUAAAAUAACAUACCAAAGUGUAGAAACAAACCGUACAAAAGUAUUACAUACAAGUGUGUGUUAAACAUACUGUGGUGUGGUACACCAGUAAUCGCGCGACGUGAGAGAGAAGAUCCCGUUCUCCUAUAUUCAAAUCAAACGGAUUGUUUUCAUUCUGUGUUAAAGCUGUUAGUUUAACGAGUGCGAACGUCGAAUAAUAACCAAAAUCACAGAGAGACAGAUAUUUGUUGUGUUUUUUUUUUCAUUGUUGUUAUUCUGGUGAGCUAGAGUGCGGUGAGGCAAACCGAAUAUAUUUCAGUUCAGUUGUUUUUGUCGAUUUUUCCGUCGUUUUUUUUUCUUCUUUCGACUACUUCUACCCUUUUACUUGCGUUCUUUCUCUUCACUUUUGACAAAACAGACAAAAAUCUUCUUGUACUUUCGUUUCGAUUAACGAUUUUGCAAUAAAUCAAAUGACAGAUUUUUCUUUCUUUCCCCUCUCCUCUCGCUCUGUCGCCCGAGUCGCGCAAAUAUUUUCUCGAAACAUAUCGAAAAGCUUAAGCUCUUUCAAAGAUGUAAAAAAAACACGGACUCAAAACCAACGAACAAGACAAAAAAAAUCCUUAUCGACAGAAUCGAAUCAAAUCGUCAACACACACACACACACACACACAACACUUGGAAAUCAAUUGGAACAAAAGCGUUUUUUUUCUGUUUCCCGUCAUUGUAAUUGGAUAUACCCAUUAGAAACAACACUUGCCGACCAAAAUGUUCAGCUCAUUUACAGCGUCGCUUCGAAAUUUCGGUGAACGAACGGUCAAUCUGUUUCGUCGCAAGAAAAAUACCGCCGAACAAAAUGCCCAAGAUUUUGCCGAUCAAACUGAAGAUGCGGCUGUCAGUUUGAAAAAUGACUUGAAAAAUGAUGCCAAUGAAAUUGGAGAAAAUACAGACAAACUAUUGAAGAAGGGUGAAACGGCAUGGAAAUCCACGAAAGAUGCCGCUUCGUCGACCAUUGGAACGGUUGCCAGUAAAACAGAGAAGGUGACGAAUACAUUGGCCGAAAAAACAACAUCGGCCGUUGGCAGUGUUGCUGAAGCAACAAAAGAUACCACCUCGUCGAUCAUAAAGAAUACGGCUGAAAAAUCGUCAAACGUUGCCGGCAAAGCUUGGGAAGGCACGAAGAACUUAGCCUCAUGCGUCAGUGACAAAGCGGCCAAAACCACCGAUACCAUUGUGGAUGGAACGAAGAGCACUUUGAACACUACCGUUGACACCACUAGCAAAGUGGCACAAAAUGUUUGGGAUGGAACCAAAACGACCGCCUCAUCAGUUGCCGAAGGAACGAAACAGGCCGCUUCGAAUGUUGCGGAGGGAACGAAAAACGCCGCCUCAACCGUCACUGAAGGAACAAAGAACGUAGCCACCGGUGCUUAUGAAGGAACUAAGCAUGCCGUUGGUAGUGUUGCUGAGGGAACGAAGAACAUUGCCGCUGCUGGUGCUGAAAAAACCGGACAAGCAUGGGAAGGCACUAAGAACGUUGCCUCGAACAUUGGAGGAAAAGCAUAUCAAACCGGUGAAGUAAUUGUUGAGGGAACAAAAGGUGCAGUGAACACAACCAUUGAGACAACUGGAAAGGUGGCUCACAGCGCUUAUGAUCAAACCGGCAAGGCAAUCCACACCGUUAGCGAUAAAACAUCGGAAGUUGCACACAAUGUUUGGGAUGGAACUAAAAAUACGGCCUCAUCACUUGCCGAAGGCACAAAAAAUGCAGCAUCCUCUGUGGCUGAGGGAACGAAAAACGCUGCUACGACUGUGGCUGAAGGAACGGUAAAUGCAGCCACAUACGUUGCCGAAGGAACGAAGAACGUAGCCACCGGUGCUUAUGAAGGAACUAAGAAUGCCGUUGGUAGUGUUGCCGAGGGAACGAAGAACAUUGCCGCUGCUGGUGCUGAAAAAACUGAACAAGCAUGGGAAGGAACCAAGAAUAUCGCCUCAAAUAUCGGACACAAAGCAUACGAAACAUCAGGAGCAAUUGUUGAUGGAACGAAGAGCGCCGUUAACACAACCGUUGAUACGACCAGCAAAUUGGCCCAUGGUGCAUACGAUCAAACUGGCAAAGCCAUUCACACCGUUGGUGAUAAGACAUCGGAAGUUGCACACAAUGUUUGGGAUGGAACUAAAAAUGUUACAUCAAACAUUUAUGAUGGAACUAAAAAUGCUGCGUCCAACGUUGCCGAAGGCACAAAGAACGUAGCCACGGGUGCUUUUGAAGGAACUAAACAUGCUGUUGGAAGUGUCGCUGAAGGAACCAAGAAUGUGGCAUCCAACGUUUUUGAGGGAACUAAAAAUGCCGCUUCAAACGUUGCCGAAGGAACGAAAAACGCUGCCUCAACGGUGGCUGAAGGAACAGUAAAUGCAGCCACAUAUGUAGCUGCUGGAACGAAGAACGUAGCCACAGGUGCUUAUGAAGGAACUAAACAUGCUGUUGGAAGUGUCGCUGAAGGAACCAAGAAUGUGGCAUCCAACGUUUUUGAGGGAACGAAAAUUGCCGCCUCAAGUGUGGCUGAUGGAACAAAAAAUGUUGUUGCUGCCGGUACUGAAAAGACCGGACAGGCAUGGGAAGGUACCAAGGACUUUGCCUCAUCGAUCGGUGACAAAGCAGCCAAAACCACUGGAGCAAUCGUUGAUGGCACAAAAAGCGCUGUAGGCACAACCAUUGAGACCACUGGAAAUGUUGCUCAUAGCGCCUUUGAUCAAACCGGCAAAGCCGUUCACGUCGUUGGCGAUAAGACAUCGGAAGUUGCGCACAAUGUUUGGGAUGGAACUAAAAAUACGGCCUCAUCAAUUGCUCAAGGCACAAAGAACACAGCAGUAAAUGUUGUUGAAGGAACGGCAAAUGCAGCUGCUUAUGUGACCGAAGGAACAAAAACUACCGCCUCAAAUGUCUACGAAGGAACGAAAAAUGUUGUUUCUGCCGGUACUGAAAAAACGGGGCAAGCAUGGGAAGACACCAAGGGAUUUGCCGCAUCGAUUGCUUCGUCGGGCGCAGAAACCACGGGCAAUUUGUUCCGUAAAUUCAAAGAUACCACAACAUCGGCAUUCGAAAGCACAAAAUCGAAAACGGAUCAAGUGGCCGACUCAGUGUCUGACAAAGCACAAGGUGCAUGGGAAGACACAAAGAAUGUCACAAAAGAAGUUGGCUCGAAAACCAAACAGAAGACAAAUGAAACAUUGAAAAGUGCCGAACAAUCGGCUCAUUUCUUAGCUAAAGAAACGGCGGCACUUGGAAAAGAGUGUGAAGAUAGUGUUGAAGACGCAAUUGAUACGAUCGGCGAUAAAAGUGAAUCUGCCUGGAACCGAACAAAAUUAGCAGCUUAUGAUGCUGCGGAAACAACUGGUGAUGCAAUCAAUUCGGGAGUGACAUCAGCAGCUGCCUUGAAAAAUAUUGGCGAAAAAACGAGCAACCUCUUUGAACGUAAAAAGAAGGAAGUUGGAGACUUAGCUACCGAAAAAGCUUCAGAAGCUCAAGCCUAUGCUGAAGAACAAGCCAAGAAAGCAGGAGAAGCUAUUGAUGAAACGAAAAAUGAAGCAAGCGGCAUUUUGAGCGGGGCAUCUGAUGAUGUGAACGCAUCAAUCAGCAAUGGUGCCGAUGCGCUUGACAAGACCAAACAGGAUUUAAAUGCCUUGGCAGGCGAUGCAUCGUCGUUGGCUGAACGAGCUAAAGCAACUGGUGGCACUCUCUUUGAUCAUGCAAAGGGUGCUGCCACUGAAGCUAUUGCUGCAGGUAGCAAAGCCGCUGAAAGCAUCGUCGAUGAGAAAUUGAAACAAGCCGAAAAUACCUUUGACUCUGGAUUGAAAUCUAUGAGCGGUGUUGUUGACCAGAAAGUCAAGGAUGCUAAUGCCUAUGCUGAUGCAACUCGCGAAGAUCUUGAAAAGAAAAUUCAUGAUGCCACCAUCAACGCUCAGAACAAUGCUGGCGUUGAAGCCGCCAAUUUAUUGGGCAAGCUCAAUCUGACCCGACCAACUUAAGAUGGAUUGACGUCAAAUGGCGGAUGGUGUUUUUAUCAACACAUCUAGAUGCAUCUAAUCAAGCUAGUAUUUAAGAGGGAAAAAAAUGAAAAGAAAAAGAAACGUUGAUGCAUUUAUCGUUGAAUGUUUAAUGUGCUUUAUGUUAUUUGAAUAAUAUGCAUCACCAAAUUUAAAGUAAAAAAUAAAGAUCCACGCAAAACACAAAGAUUCAAAAGAAGACUGUGACUGAGUAGACUAAUGGUACGAUUUUAAUACGGAAAGUCUACAGCUUUCAGUGCAGAGUCACGUCCUUCUUUAGAAUGCAACUAAAUUAACAAGAUAUAUUUUCACAUCAGUAACCUUUAUCGAGAAAUCCAUAGCCAAAAUUUUGUUUUCACAAAAUGAACGAAAACAACAACAACAACAACAAAUUCGUGUUCAGUGCAGUUCAAUUUCACGAAAAUUUUCAAAUCAAUUGAAUCUAUUAUUAUUAUUAUUUGUUACUAGCACAUAAAUAUUUUAUGGAAAUAAUCGAAAAAAAAUGUUAUCAGGAGUUGUUUGAAUUUUAUCGAAACUGGUCUAAAAUGAAUUAUUAAACGAUAUAGCAUUACAAUUGCCUUUCUUCAAACGAAAAAUCUAUAUACUACUAUUGUAUGUUAGACGUGGAAAAAACAGGUCGUAUUAAAAGGAAAAUGAUAGAAACCAUUUUAUAUGAAAUCCUUUUCAGUAGCAACAUCAGUUCACGGCUGCUUCUUUCUUCAGCUAAAUUGGAUGGCGAGAACUUGCAAAUUACUACAUAUUUUUUACAAAUACAACAAAUAUGCUUACAAAAUUGUUCCUUUUUCAGGGAGAAAAUAAAAAAAAAUGAAAGAAGUGAUAACAAA